AUAUUUUUUAAAGCUGCAGGACACCAACCAGCAACAAGGAACUCUUUGAAUGAACUGUGACAAGGUGUUGUUCUUUUCCCCCUCCCUCUGUCUUCUGUCUUCCGGGAACAUUAAUAGGCUCCAUGCCGAGUAAUGUGACCAAUUGAAUCAUCCUCGCCCUGGAGCUGGAAGCUGCAGAUCGGAGGAGCAAAGAACGCCGUCCUCAGUCCAGCUCCCACUCUGAGGAAACCUCUCUGUGAUACUCUCAGUUUCUGCACAGGACUCUGGGAUUUUACACCCCAUUCUCCAAGGAAGCAGUGACAAUCUUUCCAUGUGCCUCGGCCCCCUUGCCCUCUUGGCAGACCUCAGACCAGCUCUUUGAAAAGGUCACAGGGCCUUUGUUGAGCCAUAAUUGCAGUUCUAGGAUCAUACUGACUUACCCAGCUUGAGCUCCACCUGCAACCAUGACAACCAAAUCCAAUAGUAGUGUUCUAGGUGGUAAGGCCUCCUCCUCUCCUCUCUUGUCCUCUCCACCACGCCAGCGCCUGGUCACCAAAGAUGGACAUUGUGUUCUUCGUCCACCUCAGUGCCCUUCAGGCUUGUGGCGUGGGGCAUCAGGCAGAGCCUGGCUCCUGGCCCUGCAGGACCUGUGGGGAUUGUUGGUUGGCCUGCGCUGGAGAUGGGUCCUACUGGCCUUCUGUGCUUCUUUCCUGGCCCACUGGCUGCUGUUUGCCUGCCUAUGGUACAUGCUAGCCCACCUUAAUGGAGACCUGGCCGUGCAGGACCAUGAUGCUCCCCCACAGGGACAUGUGGUUUGUGUGAAGCACAUUACCAGCUUCACUGCCGCUUUUUCCUUCUCCCUGGAAACACAGCUGACCAUUGGCUAUGGCACCAUGUUCCCCAGUGGGGACUGUCCCAGUGCCAUAGCACUGCUGGCUGUGCAGAUGCUGCUGGGGCUCAUGUUGGAAGCAUUCAUAACAGGUGCAUUUGUAGCCAAGAUUGCACGUCCCCAGAAGAGAGCAGGAGCCAUCCAGUUCAGCCCCCAGGCAGUGGUGGGCCAACACCAGGGCCAGAAGUGUCUCAUGCUACGAGCCACCAACCUGCUGCAGCGACCUCUGGUUGACGUAAAGGUGAGUGCUGUGCUCUACCAGGAGCAUGAGGGUCAGGCCCUGCACCAGACCUCUCUGGACUUCCACUUGGAUCAUCUGGGGCAGCAGCCCUGUCCCUUCUUCAUCUUCCCACUGACCUUUUACCACCCGCUGGACCGCCGGAGCCCUCUCUACCCUGCUCUGUGUGAGGGCAUGUCUAAACACUUUGAACUGGUGAUCUUUCUGUCAGCUUUGCAGGAAGGAACUGGUGAUUCCUGCCAGAAGAGGACCUCCUAUCUGCGCCAAGAAAUCCAGUUUGACCGUCACUUUCUCCCUGCUUUGGGGCUGGAUGCUCGGGGUAAAUUCAUGGUGAGCACCCAGCAUUUUGACACAGCCCACUCAAAAGAGCCUUUGAACAAGGACUGUGUUGUGCAGAUCAAUGGUGAUGGCAGUGACAGGAUGGAGUAAGGAUACCGAAGGGGAGGUCUCAUAGGGACAGAGGGAGUUCUGAAGGAUAUCUGUAGAGAGCAAUAGCGCGGCACAUAUUUUUGUCAGAAGAUAAGUCUACUGUUUAAACAUAAAUUUAGAUUUAACAAAUUAAGUAAUUUUAAACUAUAAUGUAUAUCGGACAUGGCUGCUGCAGACUCCCUCAGCUCCUCCUGGAGUCCCUAGAGCAGCAACCAGGGUAUGAUCCCCACUGGCUUCUCACCCAUCAAUAUAUCCAGUUGUGUUGGUUUGAUGAAUAUAUCUAACAAUAUUCGAAAAUAUGAUUAUAUAUUUUAAUUAGUGGUGGCACAAUCAAUUUCAAAUUCAGUUCCAGAGUACUUCAUUGUUACUACCUGAUCA